CUACAACCCAGCCGAAAAUGGAAAGCCCAGCCAAAACCGAUCCUAUUACCUAAAAAAAGAUAUGUGAAAGACAAAACUCUAAGACCCACGGCCCCAGCCGAAGAUUUGUUUCUUUGAGAAAGACAUAAGAGGCAUAAGACUCUAGUCCGCCCACAACCACGUCUUAUUAGAUAAGACUAUAAGCCUCCAUGUACAAAACCAGUAAACCACGGCACUAUUUGGAUUCUGGAUUUUUAGAGUGCAGAGCAGAGGAAAAGUCAUAUAGUCUAUACCUAAAAAGCACAGAGUUGAGACGGAUCACUGAUCAGAUCGAAGGAAGCAUAAGCCACCAACAAAAGAUUUAAAAGUAGAACCAGUGUAGAGAAAGAAUGAGAGAAGCAGAGAGCAAGAGCUGAGAGAGAGAGAGGUGGAGAGCAAAAGAGAGAGAAAGAGAAGUGAAAAGCCAAAAUAACUGGAGAGAGAAAACAAAGCUUUGUGGCCUUGGGUGUAUUUGGCAGCUAUGGAAGAAAUAAAAGUAACAAAUCUGGGGAGUUCUCUUCCGGUACCUUGUGUUCAAGAGCUAGCGAAGGAGGCACUGACUACAGUGCCACCAAGAUAUGUACGGCUGGAUCAAGACCCUCCUUUUGUAUCUGACACCUCUUCGUUACCCAAAGUUCCAGUCAUCGACAUGCAAAGCUUAACUUCCAAGGAUCUCAUGGACAAGGAGCUGGAGAAGUUGCACCAUGCUUGCAAACACUGGGGUUUCUUUCAGUUAAUAAAUCAUGGGGUGAGCACUUCACUGUUAGAGAAUGUGAAGUUGGGCAUUCAAGAAUUCUUUAAUCUUCCGAUGGAAGAGAAGAAGAAGUUUUCGCAACAAACUGGAGAUAUAGAGGGCUUUGGGCAAGCCUUUGUUGUGUCUGAGGAGCAGAAGCUUGAUUGGGCAGACAUGUUUUACAUGAUCACACUUCCUGUUUAUUUAAGGAAGCCUCACCUGUUUCCCAAGCUCCCUCUUCCAUUCAGAGAUACCUUAGAAGCUUACUCUCUUGACUUAAAAGCUCUUGCCAUGAAAAUCCUUGACCUCAUGGCAAAAGCUCUCAAAAUGGAAGCUGUGGAUAUGAAAGUGUUGUUUGAAGAAGGGCAUCAAGCCAUGAGGAUGAACUAUUAUCCUCCAUGUCCCCAACCAGAGCUUGCUAUUGGCCUCAAUUCUCACUCUGAUGCAGUUGGUCUAACAAUCCUUCUACAAAUCAAUGAAAUGGAAGGUCUCCAGAUAAGACAAAAUGGGAUGUGGAUUCCCGUGAAACCUCUCCAAAAUGCUUUUGUUGUCAACAUCGGAGAUAUUUUGGAGAUUGUGACGAACGGUAUAUACCGUAGCAUCGAACAUCGAGCAACAGUUAAUUCAGAAUGUGAAAGACUCUCUAUAGCUACAUUUUACAGCCCAAAGCUGGAUGGGGAUAUGGGACCGGCACCAAGCCUUGUUAAGCCAGAGAGAACUGCAUUAUUCAAACGAAUAGGGGUUGCAGAUUACUUCAAGGGAUUUUUUUCCCGUGAACUCCAUGGCAAAUCGUACGUGGAUGCCAUGAGGAUCUAAAAGGAGGAAGAUGAAAGUAUUUGAACAUAUUACACAUGUAUUCAUGUGAAUAGAGUACCCUUUAAGACCUUAUUAUAAGGAAAUAAAUGUUACCGGAGUGACUGGAAAACGUCAUUAUUUUUAUGAGUGCAAACUAGUACUAGUGUUAAUAAUCACUAUUAUAUUCAGGCCAGCUUGUGAUGAAUGAAUUGCGAUCACCCUUUUUCACUAUAUAUGAGUUGGAAAAUUGUGAUUAGUACAAAAUCAUUUUAAUAUCGAAUUAUCACUGAUAUCCCUUUUA